GCAGGCCUCUGCUGGCAUGGGAUCUAGUGCUGGGCACUGACCACAGCAGGCAGCGAAGGGUCGGGCAAGCUUUGGAGAAGGUCCCAGCGUCACCACGGCCCUGGCGUGCGCAGCCGCCCUCCCCAGCCCCUGGAGGCAGAGAACACCUGUUUGCUCUUAGGCGAAAGAGGCUACUCAUCCACCCCCAGGGCCCAAGUCUGUUUGCUUUGGAAACAAGAGAUGCCCGGCAAACAGUCAGAUGAGGAACAGGUGGAGACGGGGGCUGCGGAGAACUUGGCCGAGGAGGACCUAGGGGGCCUCACGGCAGAGGAGCUCCGGCAGGGCCAGGAGGCAGCCCUGGAGCUAGAGGACAUGAUGGCGCUAAGUGCCCAGACCCUGGUCCGAGCCGAGGUGGACGAGCUUUACCAGCAAGUGCGUCCCCUGGGCCAGGGCCGCUUCGGCCGGGUCCUGCUGGUCACCCAUCGCCAGAAAGGCACUACCCUGGCCCUGAAGGAACUCCCAAAGGCCUCCACGUCUCUCCGCGGCUUCCUGUAUGAGUUCUGCGUGGGCCUCUCGCUGGGCACACAUUCGGCCAUAGUAGCGACCUACGGCAUCGGCAUCGAGUCCGCCACCUCCUACAGCUUCCUGACGGAGCCUGUCCUGUGUGGGGACCUCAUCACCUUCAUCCAGCCCAAGGUGGGCCUCCCGCAGCCUGCCGUACAGCGCUGCGCGGCUCAGCUGGCCUCAGCCCUGGAGCACAUCCACUCCCGCGGCCUGGUGUACCGGGACGUCAAGCCCGAGAACGUGCUGGUGUGCGACCCUGCCUGCCAGCGGGUCAAACUGACCGACUUCGGCCACACGCGGCCCCGCGGGACCCUGCUGCGCCUGACCGGGCCGCCCAUCCCUUACACGGCCCCCGAGCUCUGCUGCCCCCCACCCCUCCCCGAGGGCCUGCCCAUCCAGCCUGCCCUGGACGCCUGGGCGCUGGGGGUCCUGCUCUUCUGCCUCCUCACCGGCUACUUCCCCUGGGACCAGCCCCUGGCCGAGGCCGACCCCUUCUACGACGACUUCCUCAUCUGGCAGGCGUCCGGCCAGCCCCAGGACCGUCCGCAGCCCUGGUUCGGCCUGACGCCGGCGGCGGACAGUCUCCUGUGGGGGCUGCUGGAUCCUCGCCCCCGCAAGAGGAGCCCCGUGGGCUCCGUCCAGGACUACCUGGGGCGUCCCUGGAGGCAGCGGGAGGGGGAGGCUGAGGAGGUGGAUGAGGGGGACGGACAGGAGGAUGGAGAGUGAGCGGGCACAGCCUGAGCCCACCUUCCUGCAGAGACUCUGGAAGGGAGCCGGGUGGGCCCCACAUCCUGAGGUCUCCUCCGCCUUCACGGGGUGGCUUGUGGCUUCCCUCUCACCUCUUUGCCCCUCUCAGCCUUCCUUUCCUCCCGCACGGGCAUUCCGUGUCCCUCGCGUGGCCUGGGGGGCCUCCGUGUCACCGUCGCCAUCUGCCCCGGGGCUUUGGCAAACGCCGUUGCCUUUGCCUGUGGUCUCCUGGCUCGUUUCCUCACCUCCCGCUCCUCAGUGAAGCCCCCCACCCCCCACCGGGCAGCCGCAUGUCUUCACUCUCUGGCCCCCUUCCCUCUGUGACAUACACGUGGGUCUGUGUCCUGCUGGGGCACAGGGGUCCAGCCUGUCCUGGGGGGUCCCCCACGUAGCUGUCGCUGUCCUGGUCCAUAGCAAGGGGCCGGGGAAUGUGUGUACAAUAAACGAACCCGUCUGGUUUGUGUCCCUGU